CAUAUCCAAAUUCCACAAUUAGAAAGCUAUUGAAUUAAGUAAACUAUUACAUUCAGCAGUGAGUAGAGUGAGCUGAAGAAGUGAGGAUGGAGGAUCAGAACGAGACGCAGAUAAUUAGCUUGAAGUUGCUUGUCGACACAAAGGUGAACAAGGUCCUUUUUGCUGAAGCAGGGAAAGAGUUUGUGGAUUUCAUCUUCCACAUUAUGUCUUUACCACUUGGAACUAUUGUCAAGUUUCUGAACCAGAUGUCGAUGGCGGGUUGUCUUGGUGAGCUCUAUAAGAGUGUUGAAUCUCUCAACAAUCAGUACUUCUACUCAGAUCUCAACAAGGAAUCUGUUCUGAACCCUAAAACUGUUGUUAAUGUUCCUCUUUUGUCACUGAAUGAGGCUCCCAGCACUCCAAAUAAACUCUAUGAUUGUGGCUCAUCCUGUGGCUAUGUUACUUAUGUCCAUGGGAUAAAGUGUCCCCAUUGUCGCCAGGGAAUGUGCAAAGAGUUGGUGUUUGCCGGGCCAACAGGUUCCGCGAAUACAGCCGCAUCGCGGAGCAGUGGAAGUGAGGGGUAUGUGAAGGGGGUGGUGACAUACAUGGUGAUGGAUAACUUGGAGGUUAAGCCUAUGUCAACCAUUUCUGGGAUUACUUUUAUUAACAAGUUUAGUGUUAAGGAUAUGUCUUCCUUGGAAGAGAAAGUAGUUCAAGUUGGUCUCAAGGAGGGAUUAGCAAUUCUGAAAGCGUCGAUGGAGACCAAAGCUGUCUUGACUCUUGUUUUCCUCGGAAACAAGGUCUAGAGUUACUCCUCUCCUACUGUGUUAAUUUGCUAACAAGGUUGUAAUAUUUUGGUUGUGUUCGUAGACUGAAGUUGGUGCUGUUUAAUUUGCCGAAGAUGAUGAUGAUGAUGAUGAUGGUGUCUUAGAAGUAGUUAAGGUUGUUUUGCUGAAGCUUAUGUUGUCAAUUAAGUAGAUGAAAGUGUAUGUUUCAUGUUUUUGGAUCUGAAAUAGCCUCUGGUGGUGCUUAAUUAUUAGUAGGGUUAAUCAGGCUUGUAAUGGAAACGGUAACGCUAAUGCUAUUGCUAUGUUAAUUCUAUGUUAAUUAGUCUCUUGUGGUGCUUAAUUAGUAGUAGUACGUGUUAAUCGAUCUGUCUUGUAAUGGAAACGAGAACGCUAAUGCUAUUGCCUAUUGCUAUGUUAUCUAUUGUCAUGGUGGUUGUAAA